AUGGAAAAUCGCAAGAAGAACACCGGAGAAGACAGAAAAUGGUCAAAACAAAUCACCGACCCAACCUUGGAACAUCAGAACGAAAUAAUAGUUCGAACCGAAUAUUCAACACCAGAAUCUGAAGAAAUCCAAGACGAAGGCCCAGAAACAAUGGAAGAACUUGCGAUCCGAAUCAGUGAGCUAGGAGUGAGCGAACUAGAACGUCAGGCAGAUGAAAUGAUAAAAAUUCCUGAGCAUGAAAGAUGCCCGACAUUCAAUGUAGUCCGAAGUGAAAUACAACGCCGAAGACGAUGGAUCGACAAACUCAAGAAACUCGACGGCGACUCAGAAGAAACAGUGCAAGAAAAAGUGAGACUACGCCAAGUUUUCCAAAAUGAAGUGAGAAUGCUUCGUUUCUUCCGAGGAGACACUAGACAACCCGAAGAAGAAGUCGAAGAAGACAUCGAAAAGAAGAAGAAAAAGCACCCGCGGAUCACGGCGCCAUGA